CUCCGUACAAGUCUCGCCCACACACCGCCGAGCCGAGUCGAGCCGCGCCGCUCUCAGCUCAGUCCUUAGAACGCCGAGCACUCGAGCAGCCGUCGGAAUGUGGGCGUGGCGGCUGCCAAUCGCUUCCCCCCGCCCCUUCCCCGCGUGCAGCGCCAGUCCACUUCCCCGCCGCGCUGCACGCCUGUAAACAAAGCCACGUGACCCUGGGCCGAGUUUUGCGCACUUGUCUCCGCAGACUUUGGACACGCAGGUCCGCGGGAAGCGAGCGCGGGCGUGCUGUGUGUGUGCGCGUAUCGCGACGCCACGCAUUCGCCGGACUUGCAAAGCAACUCUCGCGCGCUAGAAUGAAGCAGCUGACGCCCGAGAAGAGCUGAUCGCCCGCAGGAGGCUGCCACGCGUGCCAGUGCUUUUCGCGGGACUACUGGAGGCAAUGGGCAGCACUGCCAUGGACACGAAGAAGAAAAAGGACGCGGCGAAGAAGAGCUCGAAGCCGAAGCGCCGGACGCUGCGCUUGAACAUGCCCGACCUCAGCUCAUUCGCAAUGCCGUUCCUGGAUGGGGAUCUUGAGAGCUCGGACAAAGAUGGCGCCAGGAAGGAAGAAAGCAGCAGUCUCUCAGCAAGCCCAACCAGAAGCUUCUUCUUUCGAAGCCACUCAAGCCGGCCUUCCAGCCCCAUGUCUGCCCCUGUACGUGCCAAACACAGCCCGGGCUCCCCCAAAACUCUGUUUCCAUAUUCCUAUCAAGAAUCGCCACCCAAGUCUCCUCGCCGCAUGAGCUUCACUGGCCUCUUCCGUUCCUCUUCCAGGGAUUCCUCGUUUGGCUUCACCCCUUCAACGUCACCGGUCAGCAUGAAGCUGUUCUCCCGCUCCAAGAAAGCUUUGGGGGUCUCCUCUCCAUCUUCGACUCCGACUCAAGUGACCAAACAGCUCUCCUUUCCUCUCGAGGCAUACAAGAAUGAACCAGAGCGUCUGGAGUCCCGCUUACGCUCCAACUCCUCUCCUGCAGACACUGGCCAGCACUUUUCCAUCCCUGCUGUUCGGGCGGGGAUGUCUGCCAAGCUGCCCACGCCCCUGCAUAUGCCAGUGGCACCCUCCAGGACCGUACUCGGCUUCGCGGAAGGCAUGCUGGAGAAACUGGAGCUGGAGGAUGAAGUGGCCGAGGAAUCGGAGAGUGACAUUUAUAUGCGCUUCAUGAAGUCCCACAAGUGUUAUGACAUUGUCCCCACGAGCUCCAAGCUUGUGGUCUUUGACACUACGCUUCAGGUUAAGAAGGCUUUCUUUGCCUUGGUGGCCAAUGGUGUGCGGGCUGCUCCACUCUGGGAAACAAAAAAGCAGAGCUUUGUAGGAAUGCUAACAAUAACGGACUUCAUCAACAUACUGCAUCGAUACUACAAGUCGCCAAUGGUACAAAUUUAUGAACUUGAAGAGCACAAGAUUGAGACGUGGAGGGAACUGUACUUGCAGGAAACAUUUAAGCCUUUGGUAAACAUCUCGCCUGAUGCGAGUCUGUUUGAUGCUGUGUAUUCACUCAUCAAAAACAAAAUUCACCGACUCCCCGUCAUCGACCCGAUCAGUGGGAAUGCACUUUAUAUCCUCACCCACAAGAGAAUUCUCAAGUUUCUGCAGCUCUUUUUGUCCGAGAUGCCAAAGCCUGCCUUCAUGAAGCAAACUUUGGAAGAGCUGGGUAUUGGAACAUACAGCAAUAUCGCCUUUAUUCAUCCAGACACUCCGAUCAUUAAAGCACUGAGUUUAUUUGUGGAGCGGAGAGUGUCUGCACUGCCCGUGGUCAAUGAAUUGGGAAAAGUUGUAGAUAUUUAUUCCAAAUUUGAUGUAAUUAACCUUGCUGCGGAGAAGACGUAUAACAAUUUGGACAUCACGGUGACGCAGGCACUACGACAUCGUUCCCAGUAUUUUGAAGGUGUGAUGAAAUGCAAUCGGUUAGAGACACUGGAGACCAUUGUUGACCGUAUAGUCAAAGCAGAGGUCCAUCGCUUGGUUGUGGAUGAUGAGAAUGCGAGUAUCGUUGGCAUUGUGUCUCUCUCUGACAUUCUGCAGGCUCUGGUGCUCACGCCAGCAGGUGCCAAACGAAAGGAAAGUGAGACCGAAUGAAGGUGGCAGCAUGUGGAAGUGACGGGCGAGCAAAGUUGUCUGGGCUGGACUCUGAACAAAAGACUUUUGAGGCUGGGCUUGUGGUGGCGGCGGCGGCGGCCAACUUGCCGAGUUUGAAGAUUUUUUUUUUUUUUAGCAGGGAAUGCUGGGAGAACAGUGGAUGCGUUGAGCCGUGGACCUGGGGGUUUAUAUUUUGAAGUACAAGCUAGUAGCCAAUCAUCUUUGUGUUUUUAUCGUCUGCCGUUGCCUUUUUAAAAGAAUCACUUUUUUUUUCUUUUUCUCUCUCACCUUGUGUUUUUAUAUAAAUAUAUAUAUCAUCUAUAUGAUAUAUCUUAUUAAAAAAUGAUAAUAUAUUCAAGUGCUUCAGAUAAGUCUGGAUAUGAGAGCCAGUGCUCACUUUUCCAUUCAUUUGACCAGUCAGUCCUCUUGUGCGUCUGCCUUUGUUGUGCCCGGGGUGGCGAGCUUGUUGCGUUCGUGCGUCAUGAGUGCCUUAACACGUGGCCAUUUGUAGCUGCUAGCAAAGUGAAUGUUGAUGUACAGUAAAUGUAAGUCCGUGAAUGUGCAAAGCUCGAGACACGGCGCCACUCUUGAACGGUUUUUAAUUCUUUUAUAUGAAAGGUGAUUUUUCUACUAUGGGCACCGACACCCCAAAGUCCACUUUACCCGCGUGAAGCAAGCCAUGGAGAGAGUCGAGCAGCCGUGCGCAGACUGAAACGAUGAUUUCUAGGUGAAGGGAUCUCGAUGUGGAGCUGCUGCCGCCGCUGCCGCCGCUGCUCUUCACACGCUUUUCAGGACAUUUUGACGCAUGACAAUGACACUAAUGACACUAGAAUCUCAGUGCUUGUAGUUGAUGCAUUUUCUGUCGUCGUAAUCCGAAGCAAAGCUACUGAGUUGCUUUUGUGGCUUUUGAGAGCUUAGCUGGUGUGUUUCUGUGUAGGUUUUCCGUUUUUUCUUUUUCAGGUAAAUCGUUUUUUCCUUUUGUGGAAAGGCCAGUGGAGAGUCUCCUAAUGUUUUUAUACAAUCUUGCCAAUAAAGAAUUGAUGGAAAUGG